AUGUCCAUCGCGGACGGCUGGGAACAGAAGAAGAGAUGUGAUAUCGGAUUAUCGAUACACAAACAAGGAAAUACAUUAUUUGCGCAAGGCAGAACUCCCAGGGCAAGGCAACGAGCGCCCGGAAUGGUGCAGAAGAAUACGCCUAGCACACGAAGUUUAUCUUCAAGACCAGAGGCAAACGGUCACGACGGCGCCAACAUGGCGAGGAAUCAUACUGGCAUGGAUAUCGAUGUCAGUUUGGCCUCCGUGAUGGCUCACAUCACAGCACCAGAAGGGCGUUGGCUAAUACGCAAUACACCUUCAAAGGCCAAAGAUGCCGGGGACGAAAAGGAGACCAACAGAGAGCUCUAA